GAUUCCUCCACUACAUUUCACCAACAGGCUCUCUUCAUAGCGUCGCCGCACCGUGCACAAACAACACAGAAGUUUUUGGCUUCCCAAAGUUUAUCAACAACAGUUGGACACAGCAGCCAUGACACAAAGUGACGAGGCGGAUCUAACCAGCCAGAAGGCCGGUAAAGGGGUGAUCCGAGACAACAUGUCCACCGGUCGUGAGAUGCUCUGCCUGACCGUGGCGGUACUGAUCGUUGCGGUCCUGGCUAUCCUGGCCGUCAUACUGGCUGCCAUAUCGCUGGGCCGGCCCAACACACCUGUGAACACCACCGUGCAGAUACCAAACGGCGGCGGGGCAGUAUCAGGUGCCUACCUAGGUGUAGCUCCCGUUCCAGAAGACCAAGACCCCAACAAAAUCUGGGUGUUUGCCAUCGGCCAUGACGGCACCAACUUGGAAUACAUUGAUGACCUCACGGGAACAGUACGGGGGUUCCACGUUGACAUUAUUGAGGCUGUGUGCAACUUCGGGAACAAGAACUGCAGGCUGAUGUGGGACGUGUACGAGAACUGUUACACCCAAAUGCCCAACCAGCGACCACGCGUAGGGGUGGGGCUUGUCAGCCGUUGGUACGACGCCUGCACCGGUUGGUUUGCUACCUACGAGCGGAUAGCCUCCGUAUCCUUUUCCAAGCCGUUCCGCCAGCCUCUGUCCGCAGUGUUCUUUGUGAAGCGAGGCAACCCGCAAGCCUUCAGCAGCACUGAUCUCACCGGCAAGAAAAUCGCCUUCAUUGACGGCCACGCCUCCAACAUCUUCUGCGUGCGGAGGGCCGGCAUCACGGGAGUUGAUAGAACAGCUAUGAUCGUUCACUAUUCAACCAGGGAGGAAAUAAUAGCAGGCGUUAAUGGCGGAGAGGUCGAUGCUGUGUUUGCCAACGACCAGAUCUUCAAUCUGCGGACUGACCUGGACGUAGCCGCUGGGAAUCCCAUCACGACCUGCAUGCAAGCCGGGGCAGGCAUGAUGGUCCGUAAGGACAGCCGCCUUCCCAAUUGGUGGGACCCGGCCUUCGACCAGCUGAAGCAGACGUCACAGUACAGGCAAAUCUGUGAUGAGAUCACAACUAAUCACGAUCAAUCGGAUCACGAAGUGGAGUGCGUGAAUUGAUUCCUUCACCGUUACCAAGGAUGAGGUAGAAGCCGAUUCUCACUCCAUCUCAUCUCACUUGACGUUUGUAAGGAAUUCAGUAAAAACACACAGUUACCCGGAAUGUCUGUAGAGAUCAAGCACAACUUGACAAACUGAAGCAUCGUAAAGCUUUUGGCCCUAACCGGAACUGCACAUGUGACUUUUCAAUUUAUCAUGAUCACCCAUAUGUUUAAUAUACCAUAUUUCCUGGUGAUAAGGCCAUUAUGACUGCGAGUUAACAGAAUUAUAUACAAGCCACAAUUGCAUUCUUAUUAAAUUUAAAAAGGGGCUUAAAUUGGUCAAUUUAUAUACAUUGACUUUAAAUGUAAUGUUAAACGUUAAAUCUUUUGAAUAUACAUUGGUGAUUGUUUCAAUGUUUUCUAGCAUGGUGUAGGAAAGUGCGAAUAGGUUGUUCGUAGCGAAAAAGCAAUUAACGCUUUGGAACGUUUUUUUCUUUACCUUUUUGAGUGUCAGCUAUGUAUAUGUUUUCUACGCUCGAUCUGUUCAAUUCAAUAUAUAUAGGUUCAAUUCAAUAUAGGUUUCCCGGCUACUUUAAAACAUAUUUCGUUCGAAUUCAGCGAUUCUUUUAUUGAAAUUCGUCCGGCAACAUCGAUUUAGUGCACUUCCCAUGUUUAAUUUCGUCUUUUGUCAGACAAUUUCAAAUUUAGUCCAAACAAAUUUAAACAAUCAGCACACGGUUUCGACUAGGAGAAUUCGAUUUCGUCUCGUCUACGCCGAAUCGAUGCUAUUGAGAAACUAUAUUCGUCUAAUGCUACACAAUUUAUACAUAAUUUUUUUCAAUUUUGUCAAAAUCAAUAGCAAUAUCUUUUGAUUGAUAACAGACGAAUUUGAUCUCUGAAUGCUGCCAUUCCAAAACAGCUUUAGGCGAAUUUGAUCUGUAAUGACAAAUAUCCUCGACACGAUGACUAAAGAGGUUGACCAAACUUUGAAACUGAAUGGUAAAUGACUAAAUUGGUUUUGGUAAAAGCGUGUGAUUUUUUUCUUGGACGAAAUUGAAUGUCACAGUUGGUGAAUUUGAAUGAAAAAUGUUUUAAAAUAGCCGGGAAAACCUAUAUUAAGGCAAAAUGUACAUAAUACCUCAAUUGAAAUUAUCCGUGUUAAAUUCUUUCCACUCAAGGCCCAAAUAUACUGAAUAGUAUCUGUCUUUGUUCAUUGAAGAUGAAACAACUGAUUCGGAUUUCAAUUAUUUUUGAAAUAGAUUGUCGAUUUGACUAUUACCCAUCGUUAUCCCAUCUUAAAUCGCAUUUGAUUCACUUGCUAAUUAGAAUGUUAAGUCGACAUAGUUUUCUACUCUCUUUGUUUUGCAAGAAAUAGAGAUAGGUAUUUAGCAUUCUGAUUCUGAUAUCCUUUGGUAUUUGUUUGGAGCAAUUUUUCUAUGAUAUAUUAUUGAAAAUUAAAGGCGCAUUGUAUGUUUACUAUCUUAAAAGAGUUUCAACUACUUAUUGUUCCUAACUUGUCAUAUUAAACAAGAGUUCGUGAGGAAAGGCGAUCAACUUU